AUAAGUAAAGGUGGAAGAAGAGAAGGGAACUCAAAAACCAAAACCAAAAACAAAACAAGGGGUACAAAAAAAUAGAGGAGCAUGACCCUCCAUGCUGUUUAAACUCUAAUAGACUCGAUCUUGUUUGGUAGUGCUAUUUCUAUUGCUAUAAACCCAAACCAAAGAAGAUUCCACCCUUCAUUUAUUUCUUCGUACGUGUCUCUGCCGCUGAAAAUUUCUUUCUCUGCUUUGCUCGCUCUAUAACUUUCGACUUUAUUUUCGAUCAACAUCAUCAAACUCCUCGCAUUUGGGGUUUUUUUUUCCUCAGCUAUUCACCAGAAAAAAAGCUUCCAUUUUUGCUCAGAUCUUCCUCUUGCUCCUCCCGUUCCUGUUCCUGGGUUUUUAUUACUUUAAUUUGACAAGCAUAUCUGUUUCUUAUACUGAGGAUACUUGCCAAUUGAUAAACAGUGAAGAAUAGCUCCUCCAUAUAGUUUUAUGAACAUACAGUUGCAGAAGUUCCAACAUAAAUGGUGAUCAUCACUCGCAGGUCUAAUAAUUGUUCUGCUGGUAGAAAACCAAGUGAAAUUAUGAAGUUUUUCUUGACAACUUUUAUUGGUAUAGUUUUCGGAUUCUUUAUAGGAGUAUCAAUUCCAACAUUGUCAAUAACAAAGUUGAAUCUCCCAUCUGGCCUGCUUCCCUCCAUUGAUCUUUCUUACAUUGAAGACAGAUAUGCAGGUCGCCAGGCUUGGUCUUUUAUGAAUAAUGGUAACAAAAGAAGUUCAUCGCAAGUUCAAUUAUCAAGUGAUACAUCAAAGAUUUGGGUUCCCUCAAAUCCAAGAGGUGCAGAAAGAUUACCUCCUGGCAUUGUUGAAGCCGAGUCAGACUUUUAUUUGCGUAGAUUGUGGGGCAAGCCCAGUGAGGAUCUAACGUCCAGGCCAAAUUACCUUGUAACCUUCACUGUUGGCUAUGAUCAGAAAAAUAAUAUUGAUGCAGCUGUGAAAAAGUUUUCAGGGAACUUCACUAUCCUGCUAUUUCAUUAUGAUGGCCGAACUACUGAAUGGGAUGAGUUUGAAUGGUCAAAGCAGGCUAUUCAUGUCAGUGUUCACAAACAGACCAAAUGGUGGUAUGCCAAGCGGUUUCUGCAUCCUGACAUUGUGGCACCAUAUGACUAUAUAUUCAUAUGGGAUGAAGACCUGGGUGUUGAGCAUUUUAAUGCGGAAGAGUACAUAAAACUGGUGAGGAAGCAUGGGUUGGAGAUUUCACAGCCUGGCUUAGAGCCUAAUAAAGGGUUGACAUGGCAAAUGACAAAAAGAAGAGGUGAUCAGGAAGUUCACAAAGUGACAGAGGAAAAACCAGGAUGGUGUUCUGACCCUCAUUUGCCUCCUUGUGCAGCGUUUGUUGAGAUUAUGGCUCCAGUGUUCUCAAGAGAUGCAUGGCGCUGUGUGUGGCAUAUGAUUCAGAAUGACUUGGUCCACGGGUGGGGUCUUGAUUUUGCUCUUAGAAGAUGUGUUGAGCCUGCCCAUGAGAAGAUUGGAGUUGUUGAUUCUCAGUGGAUUGUUCACCAAGGUCUUCCCUCACUAGGGAAUCAGGGUGAAUCUCAAACAGGGAAAUCACGGUGGCAGGGGGUGAGGGAGCGGUGUAGAAAGGAGUGGACCAUGUUCCAGAGUCGGUUGGCAAAUGCCGAAAACGCGUAUUACAAGUCCAUGGGAACUGAUACAUCUAAUUCCACAGCUCAUUAGGGUGACUAAGGCCAAAGUUGACUUGUACACAGAUAUCAUUACUACCCUUACGCGUAGAAUUUUCCCUUGAAGAAAAAUAUAUAUUCCUAUGUAACGUUACGUACAUGCAAUGCAAUCACAAUAGAGUCCUAGCUGGGGACCAAACAAUCAUUUCGAUGUAGAAUUUUGCAGUACUGAACAGUGAGUAAAUCAAGUGAAGAGAAUUAUUAUUGCUGCUAAUGAAAGUGCUUAUAGGAAAUGGAAAUGCUAGUGUAUCCUAAAAUUGGAGGCUGACAACGAAGUUCAUUAGGGUAUGUAUGUUUGGAAUGGAGAAAACGAAAUGUCAUAAUUAUCAUACCCUUGGGAGGAGGAGAAAGGACUAUUACUAUAAUAGUGUUACAAUUUCUUAUUGUUUUGUUCUACUAGUCAGAUACUGGAAUAAAACUUUAAAAGUUGAUUUUA